AUGGAGCUGCGGGCAGACAGGGACCCCCACGGGGCUUGGGGAGACCCCCCAGCAGGGACCUUCAUCAUCCCCUGUGGGCUUCCCCUCCGUGGGGCUCUGCCCGUGUCCCAGCAGCCACUGUGGAUCCUCCAGCAGCUCCCUGGGGCUGUGCCCACCUCCACCAGACCCCCACCCAUCCGGGCAGAUCUGAUGGAGCUGAUGAUGAUCCAGAACUCCCAAAUGCACCAGGUGGUGAUGAACAGCCUGGCUGUGACAGCACUGAUGGCCUCGGGGACAGGGACACCCCCACCAUCUGCUCAGGUGAUGACUUCAGCUCUGCAGACCCUAGAGGAAGAGGAGCCUUUGGUUUUCCACCACCACUACAUCCCCUACCCUGGACCUGCUCCUCUCCUGGCCUGGCCGCUGCCGGGGGGGGACCCUGGGAUGAGCCCCGGGGCUGAGGAGGGCACCCUGGUGCCUCCACCUCCCCCACCCAGUGCCACGGGGACAGUGGGAGUCAGCACCCCCCCAGCAGCAGAGUACUACGAUGUGCUGGAGGGGAGGGGGUGAGCUCCCUGCCUCCUGACCUGGCUUCUCCCCCCUCUCCCAGCCCUUCCACCACGCAGCUCCUCUGGGUGCUGAGCAUGGGUGCUCCAGGAGCCCCAGAGCUUUGGGGUGGGUGAUGGGAGGAAGCCAAGGUGCCCAGCAGAGUGCACUUUGUGUUGGGCACUUUGGGCUCCUCCCCAUCAGCAGGAGGUGUCACCAAGGUUGUCACCAAGCCCCAGGUGACCCCACGCAGGAUUUUUCUGCCAAGCCACGAGGGCUCCAGGGCAUGAGCUGAGUCCCCUUGGGUGAGAAAGGGGGGGUGGG